AUGGCGCCCAACAUCGUUGUCUCCCGGCCCACGUUCCCGACCUACCUCCUCCCCAGCUUCAACAUCCCCUUUCGUCGCCGUGCUUCCACGACUUCGACAUCGACAUCGGGUUCUGCCUCAACGCCAGAAGCAAGCCAGGUGCCUUCUCUUAGCUCCUCGCCAACAUCGUCGACGACCGACGAGACCGUAACCCCGCCAAACAGCCCCCCGCUACCGCCGUCAUACCAAGAUGCCAUAACCACCCCCACCACAGCCACUGACAGCCUGUCUACGACCACAAAAUCCGCGAGAACCAGACCCUCCCGCCCUUCCCUGGCGCGCAUCCAACCAGACACCCUCCGCUGCUCAACCUGCUCCUGCGAUGUCGCCUUCUCCUCCCAGAUCGUUAGCAAAGGCUUCACGGGCCGCUACGGGCGCGCAUACCUCGUCGCGCCGACACCUCCACCCUCCGCACCCAUCUCCGGCGGCGUGGCGCCGCCCGCAAAGACGAACAACGGCCCAGCCGGCCCCGGGUCCCUUGCCAACGUCCGCAUCGGCAAGUGCGAGAACCGCCAGCUCGUCACGGGCUGGCACGUCGUCGCCGACAUCACCUGCGCCCUCUGCAGCGCCAAGCUCGGCUGGAAGUACGUCGACGCCAAGGAGCUCAGCCAGAAGUACAAGGUCGGCAAGUUCAUCCUCGAGGUGGAGCGCGUCGUGCCCUUCCGCAGCUGGGAGGACGUCUCGGCUGAUUACUACAAUGUCUCCGAGGAUGAUGAGGAGUCCGACGAAGAAGGUGACGAGGUGAAGGUCGACGACAGGCGCGAAGAGGAUGAUGCCGACGCCGCGGAGGGCGCUGGCAAGGGGGGUGAGUCAGAAGAGGACGAGGUCGAGGUUGUGUUUGAUUCCGAGGAUGAGGAUGACCUUGAGGACAUGUUCUCUGGGAACUGGGACCCAGAGGUCGUAGCCAAGAGGCGAAACCGCCGAGUGACGGCGGCGCGGAAGAAGUAA